AUAAUUGAAAAUAAAAAAAGGUUUGAUCUACGAGGGACCGGAGGAAGUAGUUAUAUUUUUGAAAUAUUUGUACUAAAUAGAAAAGGAAGUGAUCGAGCUGAAAAGUAAGUAGGAGUAAGAAACAAAGUGUAAUGGAGCCUCCUGUAUCCAGCCCAAGGAUUUCCUUCUCCGCAGAUUUUCUGGAGGAGAAAGAUUUCAUAUCAAUAUGCCCGGCCGCCGGAUCAGAUGAACAGAACAAUGACAAUGAGAAAGGCCGCCGCAGCAAUCCGACAGAGUUCGAAUUCCUCUCCGGCGAGAUCAACAACACUAUGAUGAUCACCGCAGACCAGCUCUUCUCCGUGGGAAAGUUGCUCCCCUUCUGGCAAAUGCAUCUUCCCGCCGACAAGAUCUGCCGGAAUGCCGGCGGAGAGGAAGCGCCGGAGAAGCCAAGAUCCGACGAGGAUGCGGUGGGCUUGUUUCUUGAUGACCACGACAACCCGUCUCCCCGGCUGUCGAAAUGCACUGUUCUGUGGAAAGAGCUGCUGAGGCUGAGGAAGAAGAACAAAGCUUCUUCAUCUUCUUCAUUGUCUCCGUCUUCUUCAACGUCUUCGUCUUCUUCUUCAGGCGGCGGUUCUAUGCCCGAUUCCCUGCCUGAGCAGGGAAGCAGGAAGAAACCGCCCGAGAAGAAGACGAUGAAGAUGGAGAAGGGGGGAAAUAAAUCUGCACCCUUAAGGGUAAGGCCUGUAAUCAAUGUCCCAAUUUGCACCCCAAGAAAGAGCACUUCUUCACUCUCUCCUCUGUUCAAUUUCCCCUCAAGAAGGGAUCUUUGGAAAGGUGGCUUUAUCAAUUAAUUAGCUUGUGUAGCCAAAUGUUGUGUAAUUCUGAAUCACUUCCAGCUUUGUGAUCUUUUCUUGCUAAGCCAAGAUUAUAUUUCUUCUGUUCAUCAAUUGCUACUUCAUUUGCAAAAUUUAGAUUGAUGUUAAUCUCAGAUGAUCAUAUUAUUAAAUAAAUAGUGAAAUUUACAUUGAAUAUGACUAAAACAUAAUUCAUUUACUCCAAAGUAUUGAUUUUCUUUCUUACAAUAAUCUUAGCUUACUCCAUUUGUAACCAGAUGGGUAUGUGAGAGUGCCUUAUUAAAAGUAAAGACGUGUAUGUGGA